GAUGCCAGCCCCCAUCAGACUGCGGGAGUUGAUCCGGACCAUCCGGACAGCGAGAACCCAGGCAGAAGAGCGUGAGAUGAUCCAAAAGGAAUGUGCUGCUAUUCGGUCAUCCUUCCGAGAGGAAGAUAACACAUACCGAUGCAGAAAUGUGGCAAAGCUGCUGUACAUGCACAUGCUGGGAUACCCUGCACAUUUUGGACAGUUGGAGUGCCUCAAGCUCAUUGCCUCUCAGAAAUUCACAGACAAGCGCAUUGGAUAUUUAGGUGCCAUGUUGCUGCUGGAUGAGAGACAGGAUGUCCAUCUUCUUAUGACCAAUUGCAUCAAGAAUGACCUUAACCACAGCACGCAGUAUGUGCAGGGGCUGGCACUCUGCACCCUUGGCUGCAUGGGCUCCUCAGAGAUGUGCAGAGACCUUGCGGGAGAGGUGGAAAAGCUCCUCAAAACUUCCAACUCCUAUCUUAGAAAGAAGGCGGCAUUGUGCGCUGUUCAUGUCAUUAGAAAGGUGCCUGAACUCAUGGAGAUGUUCCUGCCAGCCACCAAAAACCUGCUGAAUGAGAAGAACCAUGGUGUUCUUCACACGUCAGUUGUCCUCCUCACAGAGAUGUGUGAGAGAAGCCCAGACAUGCUUGCACACUUCAGAAAGAAUGAAAAGCUUGUUCCCCAGCUAGUUCGCAUUCUGAAGAACCUUAUCAUGUCUGGAUAUUCACCAGAGCAUGACGUGUCUGGGAUCAGUGACCCCUUUUUGCAGGUACGAAUCCUGCGGUUACUAAGAAUUUUAGGGCGAAAUGAUGAUGAUUCUAGUGAAGCAAUGAAUGAUAUACUUGCACAGGUUGCCACUAAUACAGAAACAAGUAAAAACGUGGGAAAUGCCAUUCUGUAUGAAACUGUGCUGACUAUUAUGGACAUAAAAUCUGAGAGUGGACUGAGAGUGUUAGCCAUUAACAUCCUAGGCCGUUUCUUAUUAAACAACGACAAAAAUAUUAGAUACGUAGCUCUGACAUCGUUGUUGAAAACUGUGCAGACAGACCAUAAUGCAGUACAGCGGCAUAGAAGCACGAUUGUGGACUGCCUGAAGGAUCUGGAUGUCUCCAUUAAAAGGCGUGCAAUGGAACUGAGUUUUGCUCUUGUUAAUGGGAACAAUGUCCGUGGAAUGAUGAAGGAGUUGCUGUAUUUCCUAGAUUCCUGUGAACCAGAGUUCAAGGCAGACUGUGCAUCUGGAAUAUUUCUUGCAGCUGAAAAAUAUGCUCCUUCCAAACGCUGGCACAUAGACACAAUUAUGAGAGUUUUAACAACGGCAGGAAGUUACGUUCGUGAUGAUGCUGUUCCCAAUCUGAUUCAGCUAAUAACUAAUAGUGUGGAGAUGCAUGCCUACACUGUGCAGAGACUCUACAAAGCCAUCCUUGGUGAUUACUCCCAGCAACCCCUGGUGCAAGUGGCCUCGUGGUGCAUAGGAGAGUACGGAGAUCUUCUGGUGUCUGGUCAGUGUGAAGAGGAGGAACCAAUACAGGUAACAGAGGAUGAAGUUCUUGAUAUUUUAGAAAGCGUCCUGAUAUCUAAUAUGUCUGCAUCUGUUACGCGAGGCUAUGCUCUCACUGCCAUCAUGAAGCUUUCCACGAGGUUCACCUGCACUGUCAA